GGGCGGACGUAUCGCUUGCCAUCAGGCGAACGGAAGCUCGUCUCAUCAUUCAAAGCAAUAAAAAAAAAUGGUUGACGCCGUAUGACAAUGACAUGCCAUCCAUACCAUAUUGCUCAUUCGACGUAUCUACAGAACCUCCUAUGUACUAAGAGUUCUAUCUUCACAAGCAACAAAUAAGCAUGAGCUGAGAUUAUGAUAUCAGUGUAGUGCUGUCCGCAGCUGAGAUCACUUGACCCUGACGAUACUUAUUACAGCGAAAAUGCGGGUAGUUCUUCUAUGCGCCCUUUUGAUAGGGUGCGCAAGCGCACAAUACGUGAAAUCAGGUGUGAAGGGCGGUUACGGAGGGCAAGGGUAUCAACACCGUGCCGGCGAGAACUUUGUCAGUCUAUUCGGCAACAGCACUCAACAAGGCACGGUGCAGCAGAAUGCAACGCUCUACGGGCAAAACUCAGUAGGAGUCUGUUUUAAAGAAGUGCCGACCGCAUCAUUAGUGAAAGACCCGCGUCACGUGCCUGCAGGAAACGGGUCCCGGCCUGACCUCAGCGUGAUCAGGACGUGCUGCCCUGGGUACGAGCGCAACAUCCACAACCAUAAACUCUGCGACCCCGUAUGCACAAAAGACUGCGUCAAUUCCAUAUGCACGGCGCCAGAAACUUGCACCUGCUACCCUGACCACGUGAGAAACCACCUCGGAGCAUGCGUCCCCACCUGCCCAAUAGGAUGUCAGAACGGACAGUGUGCCGGUGGAGAAUGCAUCUGCCACGAUGGAUAUAGCUUGGAUCUGGAUGGCAAAUAUUGCAUGGCGUCCUGCCGGGAAAACUGUGGGGGAUUCGGUGAUUGCACCGGACCUAAUAUCUGUCACUGUAGACCUGGGUAUCAGUCCACGCCUCAGGGAUCAUGCAAGCCAGUUUGUGACCGAUGCAACAAUGGAGACUGUGUGGCACCUAACGACUGUCGUUGCCAUCAGGGUUAUAACAAAGAUGCUCGCGGAGAAUGUAUCUCUCAAUGCGGACACGGUUGCAGACCUAAUGAAGUAUGCGUGGGACCAAAUAUAUGUGCGUCUUCUUCUAACUUAAUACCAGGGCAAGGACCACAACAGCCGAUUAACCAGCCAGGGCCAUAUCCUGGAUAUCCUGGUGCCAGAAACCAAACCAAUGUGCCAUACAAUCCAAACCAACAACCAAGUCAGAACUCUACAAUACCACACUUCAGACCGGACUACCCCGGCAGUCGUCCUUACUAUCCUUACCCUCAAAAUCCCGCUUAUCCUGGUCAAAAUCAGUACCCGAACCAGUAUCCCGGUUCUCAACCAGACUACAUAGUCCAACCUAUAGGAUACCCUUACAAUCCCCCUGCAUCUGAAAAUCUACUGGGCAAUUCUUCUUCACCCAACGGGUCACGUCCGUAUCAGCCCAACCAACCAGGAUACCCUGGUUAUCCUGGAUAUCCUGGAUAUAUUGGAUACCAGCCAGGUUAUCAACCCGGCCAAUAUCCUCCUCAAGGCCACCCAUUAAAUCAAACUUACCCAGGUUAUAUGCCAAACUACUAUUUCCGGCCGGGUUACUACCAACCAAAUCUUACUUACCCCAAUCAAUAUUACCCUGGCCAACAACCUGCCUUCCGACCUGGUGUAUUCUAUCAACCUAUGUAUCCCAACCCAUAUUUCAGCCCACAGAACAACACAUCGGUAAACCAACCUGGCCCGUACCCAUACCAGAGGAAUACCACAUCUAACCAACCGUGGUACACUCAACCAAACAACGUCAAUCCCGAUACUUAUUACCCGAACGGCCCUUCCCAACUUAGUUCUAAUUUAACUAGUUAUCAAGUUAAUCCGUCCUACAAUAGUCCAUCGCCCAGUCAACCCAACUAUUUAUAUCCUGUGCAAGGAGGUUAUCCACAGGAGCAUACGACCAAUCAGUCUCCUAAUUUCUUCAACCCUUACGGCACUGACUACCAGCAACACGGUCAGCAGUUUGUUUGUUCCCCACCGUGUGUGAAUGGCGAGUGUGUUGGGAAUAACCGGUGUUCUUGCCUUCGUGGCUACGUCGUUGAUCACUCCGACCCCAGUGGAUCCAGGUGCAAGCCAGUGUGUGUUGGUGGAUGUGUGAAUGGCGUCUGCAGCGCGCCUAACGUGUGUGUGUGCAGUGAAGGCUACCACAUGGACACCGGUGUCAAGGGCCGUAUGAUUUGUGUCAAGCGUAUCAGGAGAUCCGCUGCCCUGCCAAACAAAGACGCGUAGACGAUUAAGCAUUAAAUCAAUAAAUCCAGUGAUUUUAUAUUA